AUAAGCUUUGUUGCUACUUGGUAGUUUUCAGUUAGCUUCACUCAAAACAAUAAUUACAUUGUUUUAUAAAUGGUCCAACAACUGCUACGAAGUACAUAUUGUUGAUGAGAGUAAAGUUGACCGAUGUAAAAGUCAGGACAGCUAUCAGACCGGAUUAGCUUAAUAGAGUAACAGCCUUGGUGAAAGCUUUAAAUAUACAACACUUUGUUUUAACCUUGCCUUCUUUUAUGCAGACCAGCGAUGGGUUGUGUCACUGCACCAUCGGCUACCAACCUGCUAACAACGGAGAUGUGUGUGUACAGAAACUGUACGACGUCUGCAGCGUUGGAAAAACUCGUUCGCAGUAUGGAAACUGUAUGGACAGAUAUCAGUGGUCACUUUUCUGCAUGCAUCAGGUGUGUCAAUCUGCAGAGGACUACAGGGGUUAUGAUGGAGAGCUGGGCCUGUGUGUUUGCAGAGAACCUCCUGGAAGAGCUCCGUGUGGAGGCCUUUGUAGGAGAAGGCCAGCUACUGAAUUGGAGCUGCUAUGCCAGACGAAUGGAGAAAUGGAGCUUGUGUGGAGUUAUGGCAAUCAGGUGAUGGGCAUUUCAGGCGAGGUGCUGGAGAGGUUUUUUCGACGAUCAAAAUCUGAUGGGACUCUGUGCAACAACCAUAUCAGCUCCUCACAUGCUGUCUACAUUGUUCAGACAACAGAGGCAGGCUUUCUCGGCCUCCUCAGUGGCCUCCCAAAGGAGCUUCUGCGUCUGUUUACUGUUACCACAGAGAGGAAUGCGGAGCAAAACACUCAGAGCUCAGCUGAAAGACAUUUUGAUAGCCUCUGGGAGGUCACUAAAGUUGAAAAUAUCAGUCAUGAAGGAAGAGAAUUAAAUGGAAACAAGAGUGAUGUUAAAGAAGAAGUGAGAGAAACAAGGGUGACUGGAGUUUUGAACCCCACAACGUGUCUCCAGUUGGGCGACGUUUUCCUGUUCACCGUUGACACACGUCACUUUCCUGAGUAUGAUCUUGCAAAUUUGUACAACACAAACAGAGAUUUUGACUGGGGGACUCUCAGACGGCUUAAAGAAGAGCUGACUCUUUCCUGGACCCCUCCAAACUUCUUUGUGUUGGUCUUCAGCCAGCCUGGAGUAUACGUUUUUACACUGAGCAGCCAACACCACAAACAUAUGUAUGUGCGGGUGAUGCCAUCAGGCGGUCAGUGUUAUGAGCCAGGCCCCUUCUUCCCCACCAUCCCUCGUCAUGUGACCAGGCUGGGAAUCAGUAGGAGACGCAACCUGUUACUAAGGCCAGAUUGGCUGGUGACCGGAGGACUGCUUUUUGGAGCUGUGGUCAUCCUCAGUCUAUGUAUUACACUACUGAUCCUUUUUCGUGAAUAUGGAUGGCCUGAGAAGAAGCCAACCAAAGCGCGGUACCGUUUGUUGCAUUUGUCCUACAACAUGGACGACUACUCAUCAAAAGGCUCAAGAGUGAUCUCACUCAGGAAGAUUCACAGAAACCAUCAAGCUAGAAUGACACAGGACUCCAUUCAGCCAGGAUCUUCUGAGGAGUUCUGGGAUUACGAACACCAGGUGGAUCUGGAGGCUUUCAGCAGCAACACCUUCUACAGCCUCCUGCUCAAACAGAGUCUGUCUGUCACCACACGACUGACACAGCUCACCACUGAGGUAAAGCAGCUAUACCAGGGAGUGCUUGGGAAACUGCAGGUACUCCACCCACGCUUGAUCACUGAGGAGAGCAUCGGGGAGGGCUAUGAGAGGAUGAGGAGGGAGGUGGAGAGGGAGGUUUUGCGGCGGAAGACUCUGGCCUCACAGCUGAGGACUCUGCUCGACAGUCAGCUGCAGGUUCUUGGGCGAGAGCAGCAGGCCCAGCAGAGGGUCCACAGUGUGAUCACAGCUCAGCUCAGAGAGUGCAUUAGACUACUGUCCAAGGUGUAUAGCAACAACCACCAGCAAAAUUUGAUACAGAGGCUGACAUCCUUGGUGGAGGAGAUGGGAGAGCUGGUGUCAGCAGAGUGCCAGCGUCAGGGGGCCUGGGGGUUUCUGGGUGAGGGUACAGGGGCCAAGCUGCUCUGCCCUGACACUGGAACUGUGCUGACCAAGGACCACAUCUUUGGUCCUGAUGGUUCUCUGCGUGUCUGCCGAGCAGUUCAUUGUGAUUCAGUCACAGGCCUCAUAUGGCCAAAUGCUCACAGCCAUAUGCUGCUGAGCAGUGGCCACACCAUGGCGGUACCACCUGAUUUCUUCCUCCACCCACAGACGGGCAGAGUUAUGCCCAUAGCCGGCAAUGUGUCCUACGAUCCUGCAAGCUCAACUUUAGUCUUCACAACUGACUCAUGUUCAGAAGAUAACAGGAAGUUGGAUAGUCCCCUUCUACCUUUCAUCCCUUACCCAACAUCCUGCCACUCAGACCGACCUCUGCCAAGCGCUCGGCUCAGAGGCCUCAAGCCAGGCCAGAGACUGCAGCUGGGAUUUCCCAUGGCAGACCCAGACACAGGAGUCCCAGUGCCCAUUCUCGCUGUAACCAUCCACCCCCAGUCAGGACUAGUUUACCCACUGGGAGGGUUGCAUGUCUGUCCCCUCACCCGCCUGCCGCAGCCCAUACAGAUUGGCUGUCCCAUGCUGGACUCCAGGACGGGGGACGUGGUGCUCACUGUUGGGGUCAGUCUCGAUCCAGUUACAGGAGCCGUGCUGCCAGUAGGUGGUAUUCUGCUGGCCGAGUCCUUCAUCGAACCUCUGAGUGGGCGGAUGGUCAGAGUAGGAGGGGCCAACAUACGGGCUAGGCAACUGCUGCCUAACGGAGGAGGAUACCAGGCCCUUCUAGACAGCAAGGUUCUGGCAGUGAUGUUCAAAGUAUUGGAGAUCCUGAAACCACUAACUGAGGAGUGGGGAUCAGACCAGACUUUGCAGCGGCAUCAGAGCAGUGGGAGAGGGAUCAGUCCUCACGAUCAUCUUCUCACAGCAGCCAAUGAGCUUCAGCAGGCCUGGGGAAGGAGCCUGUACUUCCAACUGCAGCUGCAGACCAGACUCUGUUUCAUGCUGGAUUGGACUGCGAGUCUCCAGCAGAAUGGAGGGAGUCUUGCCUUUAAAAGGUUUCAUGAGGAGGAUGACAUUUUCCGACCUUAA